UUUUGUAAUAUUAUAUUUAUUUUUAAUAGUCUUUAUUAAGGUGAAAAAUAAUGUCUAGUACAGAAGAAGACGAACCUCAACUUAAACGGAGACGUGGAGUGGUUCAUGAGGAAAAUUACCAACGCAAUAAACACAGUUGUGCGUUUUCUGUUAAACCUAUGUGAUAGGAAAAAGUUUUCAAGUAUCAUUCACAAUUUUCCUGUUCAAGGACAUUCCUACUCGGCCUGUGAUCAAGACUUUGGUACCAUAAAACGUUUGUUAAGGCAAGUUGACCGUAUAUAUACAUGCUGAACUUAUUUUGAAGGCUAGUACCAAAAAUCAUUUUUCAGUUUACCAAGUGAAAACAGAAGACAUUUUAAGUUUUAAGCAGUGGUGGCCAAAAUUAUACAAAAAAAUUACGAAUUCUUAUGAAACAUUUGGAAGAGGGGUUCCAAAAGAAGAAAAAGAAAGUUAAGAAAGCCAUCUCUGAGUUACCCUCAGAGAUGGGUUACUCUUCAGGACAGGUAAAUUUAUGUAAAAAUUCAUACUUUCUUUACUUUUAACUUAUCUUUAGGUCAAAUUUUUUAUAGGUACCCAUUAACAACAAAAAGAUGGUCGAUUUGCAGAAACUAAAACCUUACUUGAUUGGGUACGAACACUUUUAUGACCGAAUCUUUGAAUGGACAACCACAGAUAGAGAAACUCGUGAUGAUCCCGUUGGAGAUUAGCAAGCGUAUAUUUGAUACUUGAUGGAAGAAAUUGAGGCAGAACUUGAAAUUGAGCAUACAAACCUUGAAUCGUCUAGUUAUAAUAAUCAUUGUGAGUUUGAUCCAUUAGCUGUGCAAUGUUUUCUGAACAACAUAAUACAAGCUGCUGAACGUAAUGUUGGUUUUGAAGAUCAUAUUGUAAAAAUUCUUGUUGAUUUUUGCUAUCAUAAUUGUAUUGUUUUGCCAUCUUCAUCCCUUAUAACAAGUCUAAACUAUCUAUCCAUAAAUUCUCUUGAAAAUGAUUUGUUAACAGACCAGAAUUUAUUAUGGUCAAAGUUACUAAUAAAAAUGCGAAAUGGACUUACUAACAUGUUAGCUUCAUUACCUAUGACCAAUAUAAAUAUGAAUUCCUCACAUUUUGAAUUUGUAGAUUUUUUAAAUAAAAGACGAUUCUAUCUCUUUCAGUUAUUGAAUGUUUUGCUUUCUUUUAAUGAAACCAUGUCAUUAUAUUGCAAAGUGCGAGAGAACCAACUUUUAUUAAAUCAAUUUGAUAACAAUGAUAAUUCAGUUAAAGCAUUAUCUAACCUAGAAAGAGCUAUGGAACAUCAUCAUAUUAUGUUAAAUGAAGAUUUAAAGUUAAUUCAAUCUAUUUUUAUAGAUGAGUUGGAUGUUUCUUCAAUGAACAGACUGUUAGCAGUAUAUUCAAAAGAUAUAUGCUCUAAAUUAAGAGAGUUUACUGUAUUUUAUUCGAAUGAUCAUUAUAUGAAUGACUGCAAAGUUUUUACAAUAAAAGAUUUAAAAUUGUUUGCAAAAGUUUUCACAAUUCUACAAAAGUGGCAUGAACAAAUCAAAACAUUAGUUGUCCAUUUAAAUGAUGGAAAAGUGCAAAAUAACAAAUUUCUUUUUGAGGUUUAUGAAGAUAUUGGAGAGCAUUUGCAAUGGGAAAAAGAAUUAAAUGAGUUCUACCCUGCUUUGAAUGCUUCUGUUGUAUCUUAUCUAAAAUGUUUGCCAAAUGCAAUUUUUCAAGAUUCAGAUUUUUUAAAAAUGGUUUAUAUUUCUGAUGAAUUAUUACUAAUAAAUCCAGCUUAUCCAAAAAAAGUUAGCUUUAAAUGCAGCCAAUUUCUCACUUUGAUAUUUGAAAUGUUAGUGUUCACAAAAGUAAAAGAUAUAUCAGAAACCAUUCACGCAACAAUCAGUGAUGUCUUUGAUCAAUAUUAUAAUCAUCUUAAGCAGAUUUAUGAUAGUUUUAACACAUCAGAGAAAAAGAACAUUGAUAUUCUCAAUAUGAUUUUAUGCGACAGCGUUCUCUUGGAAAGUAUAUUAACACAAUGGGAUGAAAAUGAGUUUAAAAAAAGACAUGGUGUUUACUAUUUGCUGAUUCAAAAGUUUAAAAACUUAAAGACUGAACUAAUCAGUUUGAUAAGUACGUACCACUUGUUCACUUUAAGAUCAGCACUUGUUUAUGAUGUUCAUUCAAACAACUGGAAUGAAGAACGGAAGUUUUAUGAAGAUGAAAGAUGCUCAUUUCCAGUACAAAUGUGGAACUUUUAUAUACGUGGUGUAGUAUAUGAUUUGAUUGAUAUGAUGCCACAUAUGUUUUACUAUGAAAUUCUUUAUAAAAUAUCUAAAGAAAUGCUAAUAUUCUUUACUGCAAGAUAUUCUAUUGUCAAGCCUUCUUAUUAUAGACUUUCCCAACUUAAGGUUGACCUAAUUGUUUUGUUAAAGUCUUUUCAAUGGCUGUGCUUUCAUUUGAUGGAUGAUGACACAGAAUUUUUCAAUAAAGCGGGAAAGUUUAAAUUAUUUCAUGCACUUCUCACAACUCUUACUCAUAUUAUGACCAUUCUAUUGGCUCCUUUAAAUUUGAUAGCUGAUUUCUUUGGAAAAAAAAGCUUUAGCGAGAUACAUAAUUUACACUGGAGAGAUUUUGUUUUAAAUAUGAGUUCAGAUGAGAAAAUGCUUGUAAUUUUGGAAAUUUUAACAAACAAGCCAUGUUUUAAUAAAAGACUUCUUUUAAAGCUUCUCAUGUGGAAUAAUGUGGAAUUACCAAUAUCAAUAUGUCAUUACUCAAGUUAUCUAUUAAAUGCUACAAUUGCAGAAAGCACAACUCAGAACAUAAAUUGUAUGUUUGUAACUGAGAAGGUUGUGAAAUUUCAAUCAAUAAAGAAGAAACAGAUAGCACAUUGUUUUUAUGAUAUUUUUUUAAGCUAUUCUCACACGUCAUUUAUUUUUUUUAUGGCAAGCAUGAUAAAAGAUGAUUAUUCAAAAAGUUUCAAGAAAAAUGAUGUUGAGGAGUUGCCAUUAUGGUUGCAACUUAUUGCUGAUAAUAUAAGCUCUGUUUUGAAAAGAAUUUUAAAGCCAGCUUUUGAGUUAAUUUUUGAAAAAGAUCGAAUUCGAGCUACACCUUCAUUUAAUUUUACAAAUAUUCAAUCACUUCCAUGUGGUUGUGCUACAGCUCCAGGAGAUGAAGAGAAAGCCUUUCAAAGUUGGCCUAUACAGUUGCAUGAUUGUUUGGUGCUUACUUUAAAUUCUUUGGUUGAUAACAUUGCUAUCUUUCCAAAAGUUAUAUGGGUUUUAUUGGUUUAUGUUAGAGAUGAGUGCAAUUUUGCACCUUCAUGGAUUAAACAGAAGCAACUUGGAACCAAAGUACUUGCUUCUUUGCUGUAUAAUUGGUUAUCAAAUCCGUAUAAUAUUACAUAUCAUUCUUAUAAUGCUAAUAUUUCACCAGAAACACUUGACAAAGUUAAAAUGUUUUCUGAAUUACUGUGGCAUGUUGUGUAUAAUUUGACUCAUGAUGUUACAGAAAAUCCAAAAGUUUCAAUGGAUGUAUACAAAUAUUUGCAAAGUUCGUCAGAGAUAAUCAUGAAAAAGCUUUCUGAUUUAGAUGCAUGGUGUAAUCUCAAGAAACAUGAAAUUGAUUUAAAUGAAGGCAAUCAUCUUCUUAUUGAGAAAAAAAAUGAUUCAUUGCAAUUUAUUUAUUCAUUAUUGAAGCAUAAUAAGGUAUCUGUGAAAGAAAUUAUUAUAAAUAAAAAUGCUGUCAGCAUUGAAAAGCUGCACGAGAAUUUUAAUACAUUACUCAAAACUCCGGAAAUCGAUUUUAAUCCUUUAUCUGAGUUUAAAAUGGUUGGUGAGGAAUGCUUAGAGUAUACUGAAUUGGCUCUCUCUGAUUAUGAUUGGAAUAUGUUUUUUCCGAUGGUUCCUUUCUCUAAAUGGAAAACUCUGCUGAUGAAUAAAUUUCAGUUUCAAGAAUCUGCCGAGAGUACGUUAUUUGAACAUGAAAAGGAUGCUAUUAAAAAGAUUAAAAAAUUUAUAACAUUAAAUUUAUAACAUUAAAUGAGAAAAUUAUUGUAAAGUAAUAAAAGUAAAUAGAACAAAUAUUAUUUAAAUAAUUUUAAU